GCUAAACUGUUCCCAAGUUCUGUUUCUAAGCCAGCUCUGCCUUGGGAAGCUUCUGUAGCCAGUUUUUCCAGGAGAAUGCUGUGGGAAACAGUGUCAAAGGCUUUACAGAAGUCCAGGUAAGUGACAUCCACAGCCCUUCCCUCAUCCACUAAGUGGGUCACCUGAUCAUAGAAGGAGAUCAGGUUGGUCCUGCAGGAUCUGUCUUUCAUGAAGCCAUGCUGGCUGGGCCUGAUCCCCUGGCUGUCCUGCAUGUGCUACAUGGUGGUACUCCAGAUGAUGUGUUCCAUAACCUUUCCCAGCACUGAGGUCAGCCUGAGGAUCCUCCUUUUGGCCCUUCUUGUGGCCCCUAGAUGGAGAUCACAUUUGCUAGUCUCCAGUCUACUGGGACCUCCCUGGUUAGCCAGGACUGCUGCUAAAUGAUAGAAAGCAGCUUAGUGAGCACUUCUGCUGUGUCCCUCAAUGACUCAUUGCUAUCAGUCAAAUGCAAAUACAUCAUGAUAAGUUGUUAAAUAUGCAUGAUUCAUGUAAUAGGCCUCUAAUAUGAAUUGACUAAUAGGUAUUUAAUGGCAACAAAUGAGCCUGAUUCCAGUUGCAUUUCUUCUUCAGAGCCCACAGGACACUGAAGAACCCAUUGAAUUUAACAGGAUCAAUUUACAGCCAGAGCCUGCUCUCAUCUCCUGGUUUAGUUCAAAGUGGCUGGAAGCUGUGGGAUAAAAUCUAGGCAGCAGCAUUUCACCAGCUUGCCUGAGAAAUCCUACAGACAUCUGUAAAACAGAGCAGAGAAGUUCUGCAACUCCGGGGCUGCUCGGAUGGACAGUGGCUGCAGGAGGUUCUUUCCCAGAGGAAGGGUUUCUGCUGACAACGCUCCUUGACAGGCCAACAGGCUGCAGUAAGUGUGUUCCUGGGGGGUUGUUGGAAAGAGGGCUCCCAGGAUUGGGGUGAAUUUUCCCCUGCCAAGUCACUAGGGACAUGUAUCUGGGGUCAGGAAACUGUGUGGGUGGCCAAGGGUCCCUCUGCCCUCCCACCCUUCUGGCACUCACUGCUGCCUGGGGCUCCUGUGGGAUGCUGGAGAAAGCAGAACCCCUUCUGUUCCCCAGGGCACCUCGUGCACCCUUGGAGCAAGGGUGCUUCCACCCCUACCUCUCUAGUGUGCCCCUACCCCAAAAAUGUCUCUUUCCUUCCUUCUGCACCUGAAUCUGAUCUGGAAGGUUAGGCUUCUGUAAGCAAAUGCAAAUGUCCAAUUUACUACUUGUGUUAAUCUGUUCUUUCAGCACAGCUGUCUGUGAGAGACCUUGUGUUCUCCAAAGCCCUUUCAGCCACCCUGGGGGACAGGAGGGGUAGUGAGUGGGUCUGGGGGCGUUUCCCAAGCCAAGGCUGUGGGGCAGCUCCACGAGCUGCUGCCUGGUGGAACAGCCCCUUUCAACAGCACAAUUUGGUUUGAAAAAUAAAUCCCUCUGCCUCUCAGUGGGAUAGGGGAAAAAGUCCUGGUUCCCCACGUGUGGGAAGGUCUGUGAGGAGCAUCAGCACUGGGUGAGUGAAGGUUCCUGUGGGAAAACAGAACUUGUAUUGUGCUUUGUUUUAACUUUCUUGGAAGGCAAGAUGAGCAGUGCCUUGGACCCAACAAGUAGGGUCAUUUACAUCUGUUAGGGAGGACAGGUCCAACUCACUGGUUGGGAGGGAUCCACCCGGUCCUUGUCUGCUUGUUGGCACACCCAGGUGCCACACAUCAAGGCUCCAUGAUCAUAAGACUGUGCAAUAAAGGCCUUGAUGUUUGCAUGUGGAACAUGCCCUGGGCACUAACAAUACUUGAAUUUACAUACGAAGCAGGCACUGGGCAUCUCCUUUGCCUUUUCCCUAAUUAUUUCUAUAAUUGGUCUGUUAAGAACCAAACAAUACACUAGUUAUGACCUAAAUCCCUUGUCAAUAGGUGGUUAAUUAGUCUUUGAAUCCUUCCUUUGGGGCAAGAAGAGCAUCUCCCCUGGAACAGGUUGAGGGGCCUGAUCCUCUCUUCUUCCCCCUGGGCGGGGAUGUGUCCUUAGGUAAGACAUCACAACUUUCACCUUUUGGGAAGGGAUGACAGCAUCUCUGGGUGUAUUGUCUACCUUAUAUUAUUAUUGCUGCAAUAUUAACAUCUAUUAGUAGCACUAUUGUAGCCAGGCCAGUUAUCAACAGCUGUGUCAAACUCAUUACAUCUGUUGCCUUAAUAAAUUACCUUAUGUUUACAUCUAACUACUUUGUAUUUGCCGCUUUGAUCCGUUCUCAUGGUAAGCCUCCCACUUCUGACUCCAGGGACAGACAGACGUGGUUAGGUGGUCGUGCACACAAACACACACCAUCCUUUAGUCUUAAACCACUGGCUAAGACCUGGGAGGUCAGGCCGGUACCCCCAGCAGCGUCUGCCUCCACCACACAUCGAUGUCACACACAGGGCUUUUUGUCUUCCUGUGACAGUUCCUUAUUACCCCUGCUGGCUCCUGGUCAGGUGAGCCCAGGACUCUCCGGGUGCCCUGAGCAGACCUCGCUGCAAGAUCGCCAGGUUGGCCCCGCAGGAGCGUUUCAGGCUGUGAACGAGACAAGUGGCUGUUUGGGGAUGAACAGAGUCCUGGAAAAGUAUUAUCUUUCCACCAUGUACAGCCUUGAGUUCAUUAUAGGCUGCCCUGGAAACAUCAUUGCUGUGCUUGGCUAUAUUUUCUGCCUGAAAAAAUGGAAAAGUUGCAACGUCUACUUGUUCAAUUUAUCAUUAUCAGAUCUAUUAUUUCUUUGUACUCUUCCAGUACUGGUGAACAGCUACUCCAGAGAUGAGCAGGUAACGGAGAUCAACCUGUGCCACAGCAACAGGUUCCUGCUGCAUGCAAACCUGUACAGCAGCAUCCUUUUCCUCACCGCUAUCAGUAUUGACCGCUACAUGCUCAUAAAAUAUCCCUUCAGGGAACAUUUUCUACAGAAGACAAAAACAGCCCUUAUCGUGUCUGUCGUCCUGUGGGUCGGGGUGAUACUGGAGCUGCUGCCACUGGUCAGUUUCCUGGAGCCUGGGUCACCUGCCAACAUCUCCAGGUGCCUUGAUUACGCAAGCUCUGGAGACCCCGAGAAAAGCCUCAUCUAUAGCAUGUUUCUGACUGUCUUUGGGUUUCUUGUCCCUCUGGUGGUCAUGUGCUGCUUCUACGUGAAGAUGAUUAUUUUCCUCACAAACAGGAGCGAGCAGCUCAGCUCCCCCCUGGCGCUGGAGAAACCCCUCACCCUGGUGGUGAUCACCAUGGCUAUCUUCUCUCUGCUCUUCACUCCCUACCACAUAAUGCGCAACGUCCGCCUUGCCUCCCGAAUCCCGGCCCUGAACGUGUCCGAGUGCACCAAGGAUCUCAUCAGUACCAUCUACAUCAUCACCCGGCCCAUUGCCUUCCUGAACAGCGCCAUUAACCCUGUUUUUUAUUUCCUAAUGGGUGACCACUUCCGAGAGCUGCUGGUGGCAAAAAUACGGGGUCUCUUUGGCAGGCUGACAACUACCAGCAGCCAAGGCAUGAAUCAGGAGACCUCUCAGAGUGGUAGACGGAGCCGGCAGGAGCUGUCCUAGGGAGAGCCCUCAGCAGCAUCCAGUGCCCUCUAGACAGAACUUUGUGCUACGGAAUGUGCAUGAGCUGAUCGUGUUCCUCUAAAAUCGCUGUUACCUUGGUGUACAGGAGACCUCCUUCUGCUUCCCUGGCUGCAGCACUCCGGCAGCAAUGUUCUGGACCCCAUGCUCCCCCAUGGCCUGGCAAUGCUGAGAAUAACAGAUCAUCCUGGUAGUUCCAAGAGGGAAAACGAGCAGCUCCUGGACAGCUGCUCAGUGAGCUGGAAUUUCAUGCUGGACUGGGUCUAGGCUUGCAGCAAUUGUCAGGGCUCUAAUUCACAUGGCUGGAACAGUCUGGGGAUCAGAGUUGGGACUUCCUUAUGGAAGUGUUUGCAGACCCUGUGCCUCCUGGGAGCUCUGCCUUCCAGAAUCCCUGACUGGGGCCAUUCCCAGUUCCUGCUGCCGUGGCGAGGGCUGGCACCUCGGGCAUGGCAGGUCAGGAGGGUGUGCGAGGGGCUGCUGGGGGCUGUGGGGGAGGCUGUGCCUGGGGUUUUGGGUGUAUUUUUGUGAGUGCUGAAAGCCAUGGGUUUGGCUGCUGGUCUUACAAGCAUUUAAUGGGACAGCACAGACAUGUGCAGCCGGGCUCUUCCACUCCUUGAUAUUGAACGUGGAUGCAGUUUGAAGAAGUAAAAUUAAGAAAAUCUGUCUGUUAAGUUCUUAACUGAGAUUUGCCUUCAUACCCCACUGGGACUGCUGGGCAAGCAGUCACUCUUCAAAAUAUAGAUUGACUUAACUUUAAUGUAAUUAUCUGUAAGUGUGAACAGAAUGUGUAGCCUGAAGCAGAUUUUGGACCUCAUUAUUCAAAUUUCAUUACCAGUUCCGGUAAUGAUGCAGGAGCUAAUGAGAACCCAGUUCUCUGCUCAACAUCCCUGAGGAAUUGCUGCAGCAGCAGAACUUGUUCUCCCCUGGCCUUACCCCUGUCUGUGCUGUCCAGGGUCUCUCUGCUCCCCAGGCAGGGGGGAAGGACCCUGGAUUCAGUUCAGUUGUGUCUCCUGAUGUGGUGUCCAUCUGUGAUACUUGUACAUGGUCCAUUGGUACCUGCCUGAUCAUAAAAUGGGUACCCUGUUUCAAAAGCA